CUAAAAAUAUCCAUACACAUACAAACACUUGCAAAUACAUCUCAAAUUCUAAACAUUUUGUUUUUCAAUUUCUUCCUUUGAUUUCUUAAAAGAAGAUCCACAACAAGAAGAAUGAAUACAUUCAAGAUAUCCUAUUUCAUUAUGGUGCUCAUAAUUGUCUUAGCCAUUGCUAUAACAUUUAGCGAAUCGCCAACGGUUGAGGCGAAACAUCAACACAAACAUGGUUGGGGGAUAGCCGCUUCAGCAAGGAACAAAGGUAGGAAACCUGUAGGUGCAACAAUGACAUGUGACAAAAGCUCCAAAGUAUGUCGUCUCAAAGGCAGUCCAGGUCGUAAUUGUUGUCGUAAGAAAUGCGUCGACCUGAGGACUAACAAGUUGAACUGCGGAAGAUGUGGAAAAAGCUGUCAAUACUCGGAGAUUUGUUGCAACGGAUAUUGUGUAAACCCAAUGUUUGAUAGGAGACAUUGUGGAGCUUUCUCUUCUUCUAUUGUAGAGUCUGCUUAUAGUAAUGGUUACACCAUCCCCAAACUAUUACUAAAUCCUAUCGAUUCUUGCUGGCGUAGAAACCCUAGUUGGGCGUCUAACCGUCGUUCCCUAGCCGAUUGCGCGGUAGGGUUUGGGAAAUCCGCGGUUGGGGGGAAAUACGGGUCGAUCUACGUGGUUACAAACCCAUCAGACGACCCUGAAAACCCUAGACCCGGAACUCUUAGACACGCCGUGAUCCAAUCUAAACCACUAUGGAUCACAUUCGCACGUGACAUGGUCAUAGUGUUGCGAAACGAACUCAUCAUGAACAGCUACAAGACAAUCGAUGGGAGAGGGGCUAAAGUGGAAAUUGCCUAUGGACCAUGCAUAACGAUCCAACAUGUGAGCCAUGUCAUUAUACAUGGGAUAAGUAUCCAUGAUUGUAAACCAGGUAAGUCGGGUCGUGUAAGGAGUAGCCCGACCCAUGUUGGUAGCCGGAAAGGAUCGGAUGGUGACGCAAUCGCCAUUUUUGAUUCUUCACAUAUUUGGAUUGAUCAUUGUUACUUUUCUCGGUGUCAAGAUGGUUUGAUCGAUGUACUUCAUGCUUCGACGGCCGUCACUAUUUCUAAUAACUACUUCACGCAGCAUGAUAAAGUGAUGUUACUCGGACAUAAUGACAAUAAUGUGGAAGAUAAGAACAUGAAAGUUACAAUUGCAUUCAACCAUUUUGGACCGGGUCUCAUUGAGAGAAUGCCUAGGGUGAGGAGAGGGUAUGCGCAUGUCGCAAACAAUAGGUACGAGAAAUGGCAAAUGUAUGCGAUCGGAGGAAGUGCUGAUCCAACCAUCUUUAGUGAAGGCAACUACUUCGUUGCUCCUGAUGACCCUACCAAAAAACAGGUGACAAAGAGAAUAGACAGUGGAUAUGAUUGGAGGGGAUGGAAAUGGAGAACGUCCAAAGACGUUUUCAAGAACGGAGCUUACUUCGUGCCGUCUGGCUAUGGAACCGUCACGCCGUUGUACGGAAGAGCAGAGUGGUUUCCGGUGUCUCACGGCUCUCUCGUCCCUUCUCUUACUUCAUCCGCCGGUCCUCUCCAUUGCUAUUCCGGCAGAAUUUGCUAACUAAUUAUUCACAUAUAUAUAGAAUGUGAGUAUAUAUAAUGUUUUCAUAAAAUGUAACGUAUUGUUCAUUUUUGUUUCUUUCAUUUCAAACGAUGAGGCGGAAUUCCUGUUUCUGAGGUGUGUUUUGUGAAUUCUUCGUACCCGGGACGGAAUUCAAAGUAUCUCUUGGAGGAUUUAUAUACUUUUUGGUUUUCUUUCAAGAUUUGUUUUGUAAAGACUUGUAUGAUUAUAAAGAUUUGAAGUUGAC